ACUUCCGGGAUAAGUUGCAAGGUAGCUUGUUAGCUAAACAAAAUACUCAGUGCGGCGGUGAAUUAAUUUAGUUAUUUACUUCAUUUAAGACUCGCAUGAGUCGUUUAUUCUAACAUAAACCAGACUUUGUAAAAAAAAAAAAAAAUUAUCAGAAUGUCGUGUCCUGUGAGUCAACCUGCAGUGGAUUUGAACCCGGCAGUGCUCCCUCUGGACUGGCUCUUGGGGACCUGGGAAUCGGACGAGCCCGGUCAAGGUUCCUUCCCCACCAUCACUCCUUUCCACUACAAUGAGACGCUGUAUUUCACUCACGUGGGACAACCAGUCAUCAACUUCAUGUUUAACUCUUUCCAUGCUGAGAGUAAAAAGCCACUUCACAGAGAGAGCGGUUUCAUCCGGAUUCAGCCAGGCACCAACAACGUGGCUUUCAUCGUCGCUCAGAACUCGGGACUAGUAGAGAUCGAGGAAGGUGAACUAGAUGGACAGAAACUCGCUCUGCAGAGCCGAGCUUUGGCCAGGACGUCUUUCGCCAAGCAGCCGUACGUCCAGCAGAUCUCCAGGGUCUUUCAGUUAAGAUCAGACGGGAGACUGGAGCAAACGGUGUUCAUGGCUCUGGAGAACCAACCCCUGACCCAGCACUUACACAUCACCUACCGCCGAACUUCCUGUUCUCUGAAGAGCCAAUAAUAAACAUCAUGAACACACACACACACACACACACACACACACACACACACACACACACAUCCAAGCGACAGACAUCCGUUCAUCUUCUACAUACGUGUACCGAUUAGUUAGCUUUAGAAGCUAUAUGUAUAUGUGUGAGAGUCAGAAAUGUAGUACUAAAUUAGUACACAGUGCCUCAUUAAAUGUAGUCGAACAGCUAAGGUGAGCUUCUUUCCUUCCUCGUUCCUUUGUACUAGCUACAGAGUAAUGGAGGUCUAUCUCACCCAAAAUCUCACUGAUGUGGAACUUACGGUCAUCUCUAAGCAUGAACAAGACACACGAAUAUUAUGGAGGCAACCAUCUUAGACAAACAGAGGAACAUGGGUUGGUAUGACUCCACGCCUUAGGCCCCACCUCCCAAACUUUGUUAGUGGAAUUGAAGCAGGAAGUGAUGAGUGAUACUCAAGUUACUUAAAUUGUUGCUAUUUUAUAAAACCAGUUGUGCGUGUGUAUAUAUAUUUUAAUUAUUUUUUUGUUGCCUGAUAAAUGUCCUUUAAUUGUUUUAUGUUGACAAACCUUCAUUUUUACAUUAUACAUGAAGAAGGGAAUUUUAUGUGUGGUUUAUGUUUGAAAAAUAUAUUUACUGUUCAUUUGGGUUUUCUGUAGGAAUCAGUCACAAAUCAGCACAAUCUAGUAAUUGAAAUGUGUAAAUCUAAUUUAAUAAUUUAAAAAAAUAAUCACUUGAACGUAACAGAAUGGCAAACAGGGUUCAAAUAUUGCAAUUUGAAUUCCAUUAAUUUAUUUUAAUAUAAAUUUUGAUUCUAGGUUAUUGUUCAUUUACCCAAAUUAAUGAAUACAGGCUUACAAUAGAAAAAGUGCACUUAAUGUGUUAAGUCUGACUGCUGAAAUAUAUUAUUGCUGUAUAAUUAGACGUGUGUUUGGUUUGUAUAGAAACCCAGACCUCGUUAAAAUCUCAUUUCUUAUACUCAUAACUUAUUUCAAGAUAUUAUGAAAUAAUAUACUUUGACUUGAUAUCCUUUCUCAAUAUUAAUCUAGCAUGUCAUAACUACUACUGCAUGAUUAUGGAUUCAUUUACUAAUCAAAACAUCAUAAAGACAUUAUUUCGAAUUUGCAUUCGUUGACAUAUUUAAACAAGUACGUUGAAUUCAAACGGUCAAAAUAAACCCUUAAUAAGUUCGAUAACUCAAAAUAAUGCGAUCAAAUGCUUCGAAAAACGAGUUCAGGGCUUCUGGAGGUUUUAGGGUUUGUGGAUUUCUGAACUGAAAGGUUCAAAAUCUAUACAUGUAGCAGCUUUCCUUGAUUUUUGUCAACAUUGCUGUACUUUGUUAGUAUUAUAAGCUACUGUGUGAGGAAUGAUCUAAUCUAUUGUAAUAUUAAACAGGGUGAACGGUUUAAUAAUAAACAAUUAAAAGCAAUAAAAACA